AUGGGUAAUGCAAGCGAACAUACGCGCUUCCAUGAUGUGCAAUGGUUCUUUCUAAGUUCGUGGAUGCUGCAGAAAAAUCAACUUUUCGUUAUUUAUUUCAGUGACUACACUUAUCCCUAUGGUUCGAAAACAAAAAUUGGUUUCUAUGAAUGUAUGAGCUCUAUGCCACCAAGACCACAUUCUACUCACCUCAGAUUCCUGUGUCAAUCUGCUAUCAGCGAACGAUUACGUGUAAAUGUACGUGUAAAUGCUGACCUUGGUGAUUGCGAUAUCAAUUUACUGUAA